AUCAAUUGAUAAAGCAUCUUAUGAGCUGAAGUUGAUGAAAUGUGUAUUGUCAUUUUUCGGGUUAAGUUUGUGGACAGCCGCUGGUCCGAAGGCGCAUGGUAUUUGUGUCCACGAUCACUCGGUGGAAUUUCGCGUUGGCGACUCGGCAAUAGCGGCAGUGGCAUGGAUGAUCGUAUUCGGUGACGGCUUCCAUAAUUUCAUAGAUGGUAUUUCAAUUGGAGCAUCUUUUGCUGAGUCUAUUCGUGCCGGAGUCUCCGUCUCGCUCGCUGUUCUGGCCGAAGAGUUUCCACAUGAGCUAGGGGAUGUUGCUAUUCUUGUUGCUUCUGGAAUGAAUCUCCGUCAGGCUCUUCUAUAUAACUUGUUUAGCUUCGCUGUCGGUGUUAUGAUCGGUGAACUUGGUCCAGACAUUUCAAAAUACGCUUUUGCGUUAGCUGGUGGAAUGUUCCUCUAUAUUUCUCUGGCGUGUAUGAUGCCUGAAAUGAAAAAAGCCAUGGAGGAAGCGUUAAAUGUUUCGCUAUAUAGUGGUCUGUAUGUGCUGUUCCUGCAGUCUGUCGGUCUAUUUACGGGCUUGUUUGUGAUGUACGUUAUGGCAAGGCAUGGUGAUGAGAUAUCGGUGUAA